AUGAUGGCCCGCGCAGACUCCAAUACCCACAUUCCUCCAGUUGUGAAACAACUCGCUCCUUACGUCAGGUCCCGCCAGGAGGUUCUCCAGAUCCGUCAGGCAUUGACGUCUUAUCUGCGCUCCUUUAUCGUCUUCGACGAGUCAAAUGACAAUCCUCAAUCCCACCUCUCCUUGUGUGCCCCGACCGGUGCCGUCGCGGACGUCAGCCGUAUCCCUCCCGAUCUUCCUGGGCUGCGAAAGGACUACUUGAAGGCGCUGGCGGCCAACGUCACGGCUCGCAAAGAGUUCGCCGCGGCUACGGACAAUGUCGCGUCAUUGAGGCGUCAAAGAACCUCUCCGAACCUCCCCUGCGACGAUGAUCUUCAAGAACCCGGCGCCGACCUCCGUGAUUACCUUGCCCUCCUGCGUGAUCGACGCCGCCACAAUAAGCUCCAGGUGUUUCAGCAAUAUCUGGGGGAAACCAGAGCGCGGGAUACAAGUAUACUGGGGGAGAAUGGUCAUGAAGGAGAGCAAAUCUCGUUGCCGGAGGUAGAGGUGGGGCAGGAUGGGAAUGGUACAAGCUUGGAUGAGCUGGUGCAUAGCCUUGAGAGGGCAGUUGUCCGUGCCAAAAGCCAAUUGGAUCGCCAGAAGCAAUUGUUUGAAAAGGCAAAAGCCCAGCAUGACUCUCGUUCGGAGACCUCCCCGGUUCAGGCCUCUCCAGAAGCCAAAGCUCAAGCGCUACACAAGACUCGGGACGAGUUGGUUCAAUGGGUGGAAGAACGGCUGGUUGGCCAAGGAGAUCCAGACGAGAGCCUGCUUCAAGAGCUUCCCCCGGAGGAGAUUGAAGCAGCUCAACAAGAGCUAGCGGAUUGCAAGGCACAAAUUGCAGAACAGUACGCUGCGUAUAUCCAAGCCCGGCGUGAGCUCCUGGAGGCUGCCUCUAGAGCUUGCCAGCCAGUCAACGUGGCACCGAAGCCAUCAACACGACCCAACAAAGCUGAACUUGUUCCUGUGCAGGUACCGCCGCCGAAUGCAAUGGAUGUUCUGUCAUACGCAACCGAGAACCUGGUACCGCUUUCCAAGGGCCAGAAAUCGCUAUCCCUCCAACGAUCCUAUCUAUCCGGGCUGCUCUCGAAAGAAAAGUCGACCACCCUCCGCGCACUCAAUCGCCUCAGCGAUGAAUCCCACCUCCUCCCCGAAUACCCCAUUUCAUCUCAACAAACGCGUCUCAAACAUAAUAACAAUUUCCGAUCCCAGGUCCAACCCGAGCAGAGCGCGGAUGAAGUUGUCAACCUUGCCGAAGCAUGGGCCUUUGCUGCUGACGCUGCUGGUGCCAAUGGACGUGAGUAUGUACAGCAAAAACUGGCGCUAGGCACCGAAGUUGCGCAGGACGCUCGACAGACGCUGAUUGAUGUUUACGGGACUCUCAAUCAGGACCUCGAUGAGGUCAUGGACGGCCAGAAGCGGGAUGUGUCAAUCUCCACUCGGUUAAGAGGUGGGUCCCGGGUUGAGAAGCGACCGAAUGGUCCCUGGUCCAGAUUAAAUGGGAAGGUGGGAGUUGAGUAG